AUGGAUGAUCUUGGCACAGUUCGAUGGAGUACUUCAAGAGAACCAACUGUUUAUUUGGAGACAGCACCUGGGAUGGAGAUGAAGGAAUUAAUGGAGAGAUCAUUUAGCAGUUUAACAAACAUAGUAGAAAAGCAAAAAUUUCAAAGUAAAAGGAAAGAGUCAGAGGUGAAAAAGAAGAGCCAGAAGAGAAAGAGGAAAUCUCGAGUGGAAGACAGUGACUCCAAGGGGGCAGGAAACUGGAAGCACGGAGCUUUCUCUACCGAACUGGUGCUGAUGCCGCUCCUCGCAGGAUGGCAAACUGUCAUGAGUUGUGGCUGUUGGAAGUCUGCCAGCAUUUUAGAUUGUUAUUUGAGUUUUAAAACAGAAGUUCCUAUCAUGACUGAGGAGCAAAAGCAGGAUUUAAACCCUUUGACCAUAAAGAUCAAGUGUGUUUCCUGCCUUCCAUCACAACCUGUGCCAAUCCAUGAACUAGAGAGGCUGUGCACCCCCGUGUACUGCAAGUACAAGUUCUUUAAGACUCCAGUUCACAAGACGGAGGGGAAGCCCCAUGGAGUACACAUCUACUUCCAGGACAUCAAUGUCAUCUUUCUUGGGCCAAUGCAGCCCAGUGACCUGAGGGAAUACCUGGAGGGGCCCCCCAUGGUUGUGGAGGUUCACGACAGGGACCGCAAGUUAGAAGAGUAUUCCUGGAAGCCCACCCUAUUUGGGGAUGACCCCUUGGAUUCACACCUCAACCUCCAGGCCCUCAUCUCUCCGGAAGAGACAGAGAACAACCCCUUUGAAUCCCAAAACAAGAUAUGGGACCCUUAUGGGGUUGCCAAGGUCAGUUUUGCCGACCUUCUCCUUGGCCACAAGUACUUGAACUUGGUGGUCCCCAUCCACAGGUGUGAGCCCAAGCCCACACACCAUGGCCGGGAUGGCAGGAGCAGGAAGGUUGUGGGGUUUCGGGUCCCCACGGAUGGCUUUCAGCACAGCUCAGUGCCCAUGGGCAACUACCUUGAAGCCAACUCCCAGCUCAAGCUGCGGGUGGACAUUGCAGUGCCACUGCGGGCCAGCGCCGAAGCCCCUGACCCUGAACUUACAGGCACCCUGUUUGGCCGCAUCAUUUUCGUGUUUGACUCCAGAAAGAUCUCCCUCCUCUCCAGCCUGCUGCAGGACAUCUCCAUGAUCAAUGCCAAGGCCCUUGAUCUGGACGCCUACUCUGCUGGGAACAUCCAGCAGAUUCUGUCUGCCUUUAAGAUGCACAUGAGGAUCCAGGAAAGGCAGGACCUGGAUGUGCUCACUGGCUUCCACCUGCUGGAUGGGAAGAUCCAUCUUCUCAUUCUGGAAGGUUUGGCUGACCAAGGUUUAAAGCGGCUGUGGGACAGCCAUCAAAGCCGGUGAGUGCGUGCAGAACACGGGAAAUGCAAGGUGCUCUACAACUCCGCGCUACUGUUUCGCCACCGCCUGUACGCAGACCUGGAGACCGUCCUGUACCAAGUGCACCUCUUCAAGCCGCUGUCGCAGCUCAUGAAGCACUCGGUGCUCUACGUCCGCAACACCGUUCCAGAGAAGACCUUCCAGGCCCUGACCAGGAUCUACUGCAUCUGCUAUCACAGCAGCAAACUCAGGGAGGUGAUCACAGGAGACCUGCUGCCAUCCUCCGCCAUGGUCAAAGACUUGAGCUGGCAAGAGUUGGCUGCCCAUUUCGCGUUAGGCCUCAGAAAGUCGCUGUCUGCCAACUCCUCCACCCCCAAUCUCGAGAUCUCCAGGUCAGAACUGUCUUAUGAGAUCCAAGCCCACCAGGAGAAGUAUCUGCAGUGGCGGAACACCAUGGCACUAAAGAACAGAGGCCAGGAGCGCAGCCUGAUCCAGAAAAAUAUUGCCGGGGUCUGCCAGGUCGGCAAGAAGCCUCCGAAGUCUGUGGUGAAGGUGAUCAGAAUCGCAGCGCCUGCCAAAGACGCGGUUUAUAACUACAGCAUCCAGACCCUGAAUUCCACACAGCUUGCCAAGAAGGAGCUGUAUCGAGAGAUGGCCAAGGAAAACUCGGAAACGGCAGGUGGGAAAGGGAGAUUUGAACCAGGGGCCCCAGCCUUUGAAACUCAGCUGGAUGCAGAGAACCAGCUGCCGCCAGGGGUGACCAUGACUCCAGGCCUACAGUGA